GUCUGUGAGAUCGGUUUCACGGAAUCUGAGGUAGAGCUCCAAAUGCCACCAUCGCCAGUUCCUAUGAGCUGAAAAGCAGUGAGACUCAUUUGUUUGUGUCUACCUUCUUCCCGGUAACCAGCUGGAAGUGUGAGCUGACGGUGCCAUGCACAAGGGGCAGAGCAUCCAGAGCCUCAGGCCUUGCAUCAAACUGGACAAAACUGCCGUCUCCAUUGUUUGGAAAGGUUGUUAUAAUGUUGGUGGACGCUUUGAGAGAAGACUUUGUGUUUGGACCAAAAGGACGACAGUUCAUGCGAUACACACGACGUAUGAUUGAACAAGGUUCAUCUCUCAGCUUUAUUGCUAAAGCCUGGCCACCAACAGUCACAAUGCCUAGAAUUAAGGCAAUGAUGACUGGCAGAAUUCCCGGAUUUAUUGAUGUCAUCAUGAACUUGAAUUCUCCUACUUUGCUGGAAGAUAAUCUGAUCUGGCAGGCAAAAACUGCUGGAAGAAGAAUCAUGUUCUAUGGUGAUGACACUUGGAUUCGACUCUUUCCAGAUCACUUUGUAGAAUAUGAUGGGACUACUUCUUUCUUUGUGUCUGAUUAUACCGAGGUGGAUGAUAAUGUAACACGCCAUCUGGACAGUGUAUUAAAAAGAAAUGACUGGGAUUUAUUAAUUUUGCAUUACCUUGGAUUAGAUCAUAUUGGCCAUCUGGCUGGACCAGAUAGUCAUCUGGUUGGACCAAAACUCAGUGAAAUGGAUAAUGUUAUUCAGAAGAUUCACACAGAACUACUAUCCAAGCAAGGUGAAGUGACUCUGCCUAGUUUACUGAUGUUGUGCGGAGAUCAUGGAAUGUCAGACACAGGUAGUCAUGGAGGAUCUUCGAGUCACGAAGUGAACACUCCACUGGUUCUUCUCAGCCCUGCUUUCAGAAAGAAAGAUUCAUUCACUGCUUCUGAAUAUGUCGAGCAAACAGAUCUCACCUCCACUUUGGCAUUAGGAUUUGGUUUGCCUAUUCCAAGGAACAGUUUGGGGCAUCUCAUUUUAAGUGUCCUUGAGGAAAAGUCUUUAAGGGAACAGCUUAGAUAUUUGCAUCUUAAUGGAUACCAACUUAGUAAGCUAGUUCAAGAGAGUAUUCCUACAUAUGAAAAAGAUCCUGGAUACAAACUAUUUGGAAUAGCACAAAAAUCUCAUGGUUCUUGGAUAAAGCUUUACCUCGAAGGUAACACUUCGGAGACUCUUGCAAACCUAGGAAAGAAGGUGCUGAGGCAGUAUUUGGAUGCCUUGAAGUUAAUGAGUUCUUCACUUUCCAAAAUUGUGGCACAGUAUGAUAUGUAUUCCAUGAUUGUGGGAACAAUUAUUGUGGUGGAGGUGAUUUUCCUUCUGAUAGUGAGUACUCCAGAUGCACUGGGCAGCACUGCUGAAUUUGAAGUACCGCUGUCAGCAACAUUCUACUCCCUCCUGUUCUAUCUGCUGUGUCUGAUGUUUACAGCUAUUCAUAUUAUUGUUUGUACAUCAACAAAGACAUCCUGCUAUUUUUGUGACGUAUCCUGGCUGCUAGCUGCAACAGCGAUUGUACUGAUAUCUGCCCUGCAAUGUGUGCUCACUUCAACUCUAUGGAAGCAUUUUACAAAUGGGAAGCCUCAACACAAGACUUGUGCAGUAGCCAAUUCGAGCUGGUCUGAAUUAGAUUUGCUUUUGUUACUUGGGACUUUUGGACAUACCCUGAGCCUUGGAUCGAGCAGUUUUAUAGAAGAAGAACAUCAAACAUGGUACUUUCUCAUCAACACACUUUUGUUGGUGCUGUUUCAAGAUGUCUGCAGAAAAUAUUUUGCACCCAGUGACCUCCAAGGCAAAUCAAAACAAAACAAAAAUCCAGAAGACAUUGAUGGCAAUGAACAGCAAACUACCAUCUGUGGCUUACUCGAAACUUCAGAUUGUGACCAGAAAGAUGAUAAAUCCAAAGCUUAUACGUGUUCAGGUGAAAGCUAUGAAAAGUGGCUGGCCUUGCUGAGCCCCUGGGUUAUCCUUGUGUUUUGUCGGGUACUCCGCUCCCUCAACCAGACUGGGAUCAAAUGGGCUCACGAACCAGACUUUGGCCACUGGCUGACAAGCUCCAGUCAUAGAGCCGAACUCUCCAUAGUGGCAGCAGGUUCACUCUUAUUGAUCUUUAUUUUGGUUCAGAGGACAUGUUCCACUGUUUCGAAAGCAGCACUGGCACUGGGGUUGGUGGGAAUUUACUGCUAUCGUGCAGCAAUUGGAAAUGUAACAUUCCCAUGGAAUCCAGAUAAACAUAUUUCAAAGGGAAUUAUUGAAGCUCGUUUUGUUUAUGUGUUCAUCCUGGGCAUCCUUUUUACGGGAGUGAAGGACCUGUUGAAAUCUGCAUUCGUGUUCCCUGACACAACAACAAACAGUAGAGGACUCUGGGAAAUGUACAACGGACUUGUGCUCUUGACUGCAUUGCUUCUUCGCCCCCACAACUUGCCAGUUUUGUUGUUUAUUCUUGUGGUUCAAUUCAUUUUGACCAAAUUUAUAUGGAGAGUAUUGGAUUAUGAUGCAGCACAAAUUACCAUAAUAUAUUACUGGUUUGGCCAGGCCUCUUUUUACUUUCAGGGAAAUUCAAAUAGCAUUGCAACUGUGGAUAUAUCAGCUGGUUUUGUGGGUUUCGAAAAUUAUGUGGAAUUGCCAGCAGUCUUUCUUACACUAUUCAGCACUUAUGUAGGCCCACUACUGUGGGCUGUGCAUCUAACUUGUUACAUGAGCUCAGAAAGAAACAGGUAUUCUGCAGCAGUGGGACACAGCUGUUACUGUUUAGUUCUACUAAGAGCAAUUCCAGCUUCCGUCUAUGUUAUUCUGGUUACCUCUCUUCGUUAUCAUCUAUUUGUCUGGAGUGUUUUCUCUCCAAAAUUGCUCUAUGAAGGUAUGCACACACUUGUGACAACAGCAGCCUGUGUCAUGUUCACAGCAAUGGAUCAGAAACGGAUGAUAACAGUCUUAAAAAAUUGAGCAUUGGACUGGGUUUACAUGUAAAUUUGCAAAAAUUUUCGAGAUCUAUAACGUAAUUCCAGUUGUUGUAAAGCAAGUAGUCAAGAUUGUGUGAAAUUGCGAUAUAAAACACUUCUGUUAUAAAAGUUCUUUUGGGGUGCAGAUUUCGAAGGGGUGAAACAGCAUAGAUAACAGAAUCAGCCUGUUUUAGUUCUAUUUUAACUUUCAAGUCAAUCUAAAGUUGGCUCUGAUUCACGAUUACCCAUUUUUUGCUGCUAGCAAAGAUGAGUUUUAUCAUUUCACCCAAACCCUGAAAUUAUUGAACAGUGUCCUUCUGUCCUGCAGCAUUUAACGCAUUGUACAUGCAGGGUUUAUUUUUUGCUGUUCUUCCCACAGCCUUCAGUAUACCUCUUUUGCAAGUUAUUUAUUUGAAAGUAUAAUUUUAUAGACUCUGCUUUAACAAAAUAUGUUGUGAUAGCAAAUUGCAAAUACCAAGCAUUAUCAAUUUUUUUUGUAAACUCAGGUUUGGUGAUUGCCUUAGUUUGAGCCCACCCCCAAUUCCAUGAUGUUCCUUAUUUAUUUUUAAACAUAAGUUCCUUAAGAAACUUUAUUUGAAUUAAUGUUGGGAGGAACAAUUGGUUCUGGUCCAUGAGAAUACAUUAGCAAUGACCAACAUGUGAGUCGAUUUUACAUAGUUUGGCAACCUCAAUGUAGUCCAACACCAAGUUAAAUGUGUACUACUUUAUGAAGCGUGAACUUGUUACAGACCAGAAUACUCAGCUCAUGGAUCUUGCCAUUGUUUUAUACUCAUAUUUGAAGUUGAUACUUUAUUACAUGGCAUUUUUAUCUGAAUUCACAUUAUGGUAAUUAAAUGAAAAAUGGGAUGAUAAAGUUUAUGAUUAUUGGUUCAGCCUCAGCUGCUGUAUUGUGUGUAAUUUAGUUCAACAUCAAGAAGGGCAGAGCAUGUAGCAGUGGGAAACUAAAUUGAUAACUGGGAUUGAACAUGCACGCAAUAAAGCUUCACAGCCUGUUAUGUCUUGAAAAGGGAAAGAUCAGGUGAUUAAGUAAGUUUACAAGAACACAAAAUGUAAAGACAAAGUACAGAGUAGAAUUUCUAUACUGUCCUUCCCACCAGUGCAGCCAGUGUUAAGAUUCUACAAGAACAAACAUUCAUAAAUCGUUCUACAUUGCCACCAGUUACAUUAGAAUGAGCUAUCAAGAGAGAUGGAUUGUUAGUUUUGACAAAAGUACUGUUUCUGGACUGUAGGGCAGACAGAUGACAACUUCACUGAUUAAAUGGAGGAGUUUUAGGCACUAAUUUUUUCCAGAUAAAAUGCAUAAAUGGACUCGAUUGUAUGAAUUAUUGGUUGAUUUAUUAAAACAGAUCUUUUUGAAAUGUCUGCUUGGUGAUGCACAGAAAUUAAAUUUCUAUUUUUCAAAGCAAGAAUAUA